AUGGCGUAUUACGAAGAUCGAUCUUAUUACCCGCAGGACCGCCGCGCCCGCCCCGCUAGUUAUGCUGCAGACUUCUAUGAUGAUCCUCGGUAUGCAAGGCACGAUCGAGAACUCUAUCCCUAUCGUGGAAGUGAGGACUCGGUCGAAGAAAUCCAGCGAGAAUAUCCUCCUGGUGAGGAUUAUAUUGAACGUGAACGUGGCUAUACAUCGGGGCGGCGCCCGGUCUACUAUGACACUGUGAGACGAGCUUCCUCUGUCAGCGGUUACGAUCCGUAUGAAGGCGCAUACCCCCGCUCCCAUCAUCGUCGAUCCAGAUAUGAUGACCACCGAUCUCAUCGCUCCAGAUACUCCCCUUCUCCCAGUCCAUCUCCCCCACGUCAUAGACGUCGCAAGUCAUUCAGCCAACAGGCUCUUGGAGCCCUUGGCCUUGGUUCCACUGCAUCACUCUCCAGACAUAGCGAUCAUGGCUAUGACUCUUAUUCCCGCCAUGGUAGAUCUUACUCUACGUCUUCACGCUCUCGCAGCCGCAGUCGCAGCCGUGACCGGGACCGUAAAUCCCAUCAUCGCCAGCGCAGUCAACAAAGAAUUGCCCAAGCUGCACGCGCUGCCCUCAUAUCUGGUGCCGUGGAAGCCUUCAGGUCCCGCAAGGAACCAGGCCCAUGGACUGGUGAAAAGGGAAAACGCAUUCUCACAGCUGCGGUCACGGCUGCUGGCACGGAUGGUCUUAUUGAUAAAGAUCCCAAGAAGCACAGCAAGCGCCACCUCGUCGAGUCUACGCUCACAGGUCUGGCCGCCAACCACUUCCUGAAUGGUUCGCGGUCCAAAUCUCGAGGUCGAGACAAGGACGGCCGUCGUCGCUCUCGCUCCAGUAGCGGUUUCAAGAACAUCGCAGCUACUGGCGCCCUUGCUGCUGCGGGUAAAGAAAUCUAUAAACGAUUCUCUCGAUCACGAUCGCAGCACCGUGGCCGUCGUGACAGCGAUGAUGACGAUGAUGACUAUCAUCAUGGUUCCAAGCGACGCAGCAAGAGUGUCUCGGACUACCUUAGCAAGGGAAUAGCAUCUCUGGGACUUGGAGAAGAAGGCAGGGAUCGAAGCCGGAGCAGAGGUGGUCAUGAUGAUCGCCGGGAGCGGCGUCGACACCGGGGUUCCCGAUACUCCGAAUAUUCAGAUUCAGAUGCAGACAGCGACGAUUACAGCAGGGAUCCACGACGUGGCAGAGGAUCGAGAGAGGUAGGUCAACACCGUUCUAAGAACGACAACAAACAUACCCCCAAAGUUCCCCCUGGCGCCUCGCGCGGAUUGGACGGUCACAGAUUCUCCAAAUCUGAUGCGCAUUCUAGCUCCGAGAGUGAUUCUGACAUAGGCGAUAGUUCUGACGAGAGGGAGAAGCGAAAGAAGUUAAAGCAUGACAUGCUGCUAACAGGUGGAUUGGCUACCAUCGCAACAAUCCACGCUGCUCACGGUGUGUACAAAGGUAUAGAGGGGCGCAAGAAGCGGCUGAGGGAACUUGAAGAGGGCAAAAUUUCACCAGAGGAGGCUCGCAAACGCAGAAUGAAAGCCAACGUGAAGGAUACUGUAAGCAUUGGGCUGGCUGCCCUCGGUAUCAAGGGCGCCUAUGGUGAAUGGCAGGAAGUGCGUGAAAAGCGGGAGGAACAUAAGCAUUUCCAGGACGAGUGCGCAAAACAUGCUGUCAAGCGCGAACAGCGUCGCCGUGCCCACAGUCAAGGUCCGUCUCGCUCUCGAUGGCCUUAUGAGAUUGAAUACCCACCUUCUCAGGAUCGAUUGAGUCAUGCCAAGACCAUCGCAUACCACGACGAGAAUCCUUAUCGAGCUACAGUCGAAGACCCUCGGAUUGAGUAUUAG